AAAAAAUUAAAAAAACAUCUUGCAAAUUAAAUGCAUAAAUUAAGAUUGUAGUUAUAAACAUUAAGAGGAAAAAGCAUAUCUUCUAUUGUGAUGUGUAUAUUAGUGAGAGAGAUUUAUAAACCUUUCCUCAAAAAUGGAUCGUCAUUUAGGUCAAAGUUCACGGACUAACACUUCUGAGAAAUACAUUUACAACUCUAUACAGGAAAAAAUGCUAUUACUACGAUACUAUUGUAUAUCCUGUUUUUACGUACAGUACUUUAAUGUAAAUAAUUAUUCAACAGAAAUAUUAUUUAAUUCCGGGAUAAUAGGAAAACUGGUUGAACAUAAGUGAACACUUCUUACACUUUACACGAUUGUAUAUAUGGAAAGAAAUGACAUGGAAGAUCAUUCUACAAUAGAAGAAAGUGGACCAAUUCGUAGGAAGAAAAGAGUGGCUUUCUUAAAGCUAUUGGAACAAGUUCAAAUCACAGGAGUACCUCAAAUUGUCACAACAAAAGACAGAAAGAGCAAGACUUAUAAAUUAUUGGUCUUUGUUUCGUGUCUUACAGGUUUCAUCAUUCAAUUAACAUUAUUUAUGCUAAAAUAUUUAGAAUAUCCCACCAGUUUAGAAGUAUAUGUUAAACAGAUAGAUAUUAAAGACCUUCCAAAGCCCAUGCUUACAGUUUGUGAUUUGAAUGGGUAA